AGUAGGAUGUGCGAAUGCGUUGGGCUUUAAUUAAAUUAGAGUCGGUGAGCUGGGAUAGGCUGGGAGUUCUCUCGGUCCAGACUGCAGGAAACCAGACGUGGACCAUAAACCCGCAGAGACGGACAGACAAACACGCGAAUGAGCAGAAAUCGAUGCGGAAAACCUGAUCAGAUUUUCUGCCGAGGGACUGAACGCUACACUGAAUCUGUUUUUAGUCUGAGAUUAUUGCAACAUGCCACGGCGGACCGUACAAGAAGUAACUGUUCAAGACGUGCAAAAGAGAAGAAACCCCAACAAACACUAUGUUUACAUUAUCAAAGUGGCCUGGUCUGAUGGCAGCACUGAGAUCAUUUUCAGGCGCUACAGUAAAUUUUUCGACCUUCAGAUGGAGCUUCUGGAUAAAUUCCCUGUGGAAGGUGGACAGAAGGAUCCGAAACGCAGAAUCAUUCCCUUUUUACCAGGAAAGAUUCUGUUCAGAAGAAGCCACAUUAGAGACGUGGCCAUGAAACGCCUGAAACCUAUAAACGAGUACUGUAGGGCCCUGAUCCAGCUGCCAGUGUACAUCUCCCAAUGUGAGGAGGUUCGCUUGUUCUUUGAGACACGUCCUGAAGACCUGAACCCACCAAAAGAGGAACCCAGUGGAAAAAAGAAAUCGGGAGAGUUGUCGAUAGCUGUCCCGUCUGUCCCUGCAGGAGGAGACUUGUCCUCAGCAGACCCGCUGCUGCUGGAGCAGUACGUAGCUGUCACCGACUACGAGAAGCAGGAGAGCUCUGAGAUCAGUCUGUACGUGGGGCAGGUGGUGGAGGUCAUCGAGAAGAACGAAUCUGGCUGGUGGUUUGUCAGCACUGAGGACGCUCAGGGAUGGGUACCAGCCACAUGUCUGGAGGCUCAGGAUGACCCUGAUGAUUUCUCACUCCCGGCUGAAGAAGAGGAAAAGUACACUGCAAUCUAUCCAUACUCUGCACGUGAUCAAGAUGAGAUUGAUUUGGAAAGAGGCAUGACUGUUGAGGUCAUUCAGAAAAACUUGGAAGGCUGGUGGAAGAUCAGAUACCAAGGAAAAGAGGGCUGGGCCCCGGCGUCCUAUCUGAAGAAGGCUGAUAUCCUCAGUCAAAAGAUGGCUGCUGGCGCUCCAGUUCAUGCCAGCACUAAGGACCUAGAAGUGGCUUGCAAACAGCAGAAUGCCAACAAAGAAAACAAGGAGAAUCAACGCGACCGAUUUUCGCCAUUUUCAGAAAGCAAGAGCAAAGCAGGAGCGCGACAGAGACCACCACCACGCCGUGAUCUUUCUAUACCGCGAGGAGUGAAUCUGCCUAAACCUCCAGUGGCCCCACAAGUAGAGGAGGAGUAUUACACCAUAGCUGAUUUUCAGACAACCAUCCCAGAUGGCAUUAGCUUCCAGGCAGGAGUGAAAGUUGAAGUCAUCGAGAAGAACUCUAGUGGCUGGUGGUACAUUCAGAUCGAAGAUAAAGAAGGCUGGGCUCCAAUCACAUUCAUUGACAAAUACAAGAAGACUAGCAAUGCCACUAGGCCUAACUUUUUGGCCCCACUUCCUGGUGAGAUGGAUCAGCAGAAGCUUGAUGAUGCCUCAAGCAAUAAUACCAACUCUGAGCAUAGUUGGUCCAAACCCCUGCCGGACGAACCUCCAUCCAACUCUGAUUUUUCCACCCGAUCCAAGCUGAGGGAAUGGAAGCCCAAUGCAGUUAAAGGGAACCCUCAUUUUUCAGGGCCCUUACCUCCUCCUCCUCCAUCCUCACCCACGGCUGAAGAGAAGCCAGCUUUACCGCCAAGAAGAGAAUCCAUCAACAAGAGCAUGGAACUGGAGGACAAACCCAAAGCAGACCUUCCUAAACCCCUCCCACCCAAACCACCAGCCCCAGGGGUCAUCGUCCCAUUGGUGAGUCCAAAAGCAGCCCCUGUCAAGCUAGACAAACCCCCAGAGAUGAAGGAGGAGAAGAACAAGCAACUCUACCUGCGCAAUGAGAUGGGCUUGGAGUGUGGGCACAACAUCUCAGCAAAGGAGGUGAAAAAGUUCAACCUAAAGCAUGUGGCCAAGCAGCCCACCAAACCCAAAGCAGAUUUGCAUGAAGACAAGCCAGAUUUGGCCAGCCCAGCUCCGUUCCUCAAGCCGAAACCAGUGGUCAGACCAAAGCCCCCCCCUGCGACCAAACCAGAGCCGGUGGCCAAGAAUGAGCUAGACAUCACAAACCUUCGGAGUAAGCUUCGUCCAUCUAAAGCUCCAGAGCUCAGUGGCAACUCGAGUGAUCCCAACCAGCAGAGUGAUCCUCCCCCGAAUAAUGGCAGAACAAACGACGAGUCAAAGCCCCCCAAUAAACAACAAAAUGGCCAUGACCCAUCAGAAACAACUAAACCACCACCAACAACACCAAAAGAGCCUCCCCAAAGGCCUUCUGUUGUACCUAGAAGACCUCCUCCACCAAAGAAAGCCUCUGAGCCGGCCAGUCCUACAGACACCAAAGCUCCCCAAAAAGACUUGCCGGAGGCCAAGCCGUCGGCCCUUCCUCAGAGCAGACCCCCGCCACCCAAAACAAAACCAAAAGACAAGGAGAAGGAGAAGGAGGAACCCAAGGCAAAAAUACCUGUGCCACCAAAGCCCCCCAUUAAGAUCGAAAAACCAGGGCCUCCGAGAGACAAACUCCCACCUCUUAUCAAAGAUCCGGCCAAGGAGGAGCUGUUCUUAGCUGUGGCGGACUUUGAAGGAGACGAUCAGACGCCUCGCUUUAAAGAGGGUGCUGUUUUCGAAGUUCUGGAGAAAAGUAGCAGUGGCUGGUGGUUUUGUAAAAAUAUGAGCGAUGGGCCAGUGAUGGAGGCCUGGAUCCCUUCCAAUUACCUGACCAAGAAACCUUAGGUACUCUUGACAUGGCUGCCUAAUGAAAACAUAUUUAAUUAACAUCUUUUAUUUAUGGAUACCUUUUUUAAAAAUCACAUUCCAUCCUUUGCGAGUUCAAACAGGCCAUAAUAAUUUGUUUGCUUGCGUU